CUUUCUUAUUUUCUACUUGAAGGAACGUCAUUUAUCGGUUGAGCAAGCGAGCUGGCUGUUGUUCCCAUUGAUCAGGUAUUAACAUCUUGAUCACAUGCUUUUUUUCGCUAAGCAGGCCCUCUGGUACCAUUCGAGCACUUUUAUCGCUAUUCACUUUGGACACAUCCUCACGCGAUAAACCUACCUAUCAUAUCGGUGUCUGGCCGUGCAGUUAUGGUGAAGAAGCCAAGUCCUAUGUAUUUGACUUUACCAUUGGCUUCUAGCUCGGCUUCGUACACAUCCCGAGCACAAGUAGAUGGCCUUGGUGGUAGCUGCGAAAGUUAUGGGGGGCUCAAGCGGCGAUGAGGAAUGCGGGUGCUAUAUGGAAGCGAUCGAGAUUCGAGGCGAUUUACCAACAGCAGAAGCGAAACAGUGUUUGCAAUCUUGCAGGGACCAGUUUCUAAGGACGGUAUCGAUCGACCACGAAACCCCCGAGGGCUGGAAAUACAUUUGCAAGGAUCUAACGACCACGACACCCAGCUCUCGAUUUUGGUCGUUGUAUUGGUGCGACACAACGUUUUGCGGAGUCUGGAUAAACCAGACGGGGGGGCUGCAGCAAGACCCAAACGUCGACCUGAUCAUCAACAGCUGCCAGGACAUUGGAUUUCACUCGGUAUUAGAUCCAGGACCACCACCCAGGGGCUUCGUCUGCCAAACUAGCAAGGGAGGAGCUGGGCCUUGUUCACAGACAGGCUUCAAAAUCAACCCCGUGUCGGCCCCGUCCCCACUGGUGGUUCAAGAACCGAUUUCCAUCCCCUCAACUUCUUGGAGCAAAACGUUCAGAAGCGCAACUGCGCCUUUGUCCCUAUCAACGUCCUCAGCAACACCAACAACAACUGGCGAUAUCUCUCUCAUAACGGACCCAUCAUGGCUAUCAGCAACACCAGCCCGACCCACGGUUGCCGAGUCUUUUGGGGUAAACAAUGGGACUACAACACUCAAAGGCGGGCUAUCCAUGGGGGUCAAGGCCGCAAUUUCGGUUUGUUCGGUUACCGGGUUCAUCGUUAUGGUUGCUUUGGCCUUUUUGUGCCUCCACAGACGAAAAAAGCACCGGUGCGGCUUAGAUGACGUUCGGGGACAGUCUCGUUCGAGCUAUGAUUCCAGGCCGCUGAUACCCCCUCUCCGCCUCCGGGACCGCAGGCUGCUCCCUUCGAUCCUACGUUCGGGCCACAACCAGUCGCCAUCUCCGCCCCUGACGCCGCUCACCCCGGCACACAGCCAUGGCGGCGGCCACUCCAACGUCACGUUUCCAUCAUCACCGAUAACAUCACCUACGACGAACAAGCUCGUACCACGGCACGAGGGCAUGCCAAGGGUUUACGGCACUACUGGCAGUCUUGCUGGUCCACCGCCUCCGGCCUUGUUUGAGAUGCAUGGUUUUGGUGCGCCCGAAAGCCGGGGAAGUCUGAGUAGUUUCGGGGCAGGUUCGACAACAGGACCGUCAUCUUUACGGAACGAAGCAUUUUCCUUGUCUGGAACCACUUCUCCGCCGCCCACAUCACCAACACGCCCUCCGCGACCGCAUGAGGAGCCACUGGAGAUACCCGACUUGGUGAAACCAGCAUCCUUUCCCUUUGGUUCGAGAAUGAAUCGAUCGAUUCCAUCAGUACCGUCGGCGCCCAUCUCGCCGCUAUCACAUACAUCAUCCUUGGCCAUGAGCGGCAGCAGUGUGAGCCCAAUGUGGAACCAAGUGCGGGCUAUCUCAUCGCCAAGGGAUGAACGGGAAUCUGGCAACCAUCACGCUACUGGGGAAUACUCGGGCAAAGACCGUGGCAGCUGGGGGAGCUGGAGCGAUAAUGGGUACGGAUACGGUUACGGCAACGGAAGUGGAAAUGGUGCAAAUGGAAGCGGAAACGAGAGCGGAAGGAAAGUGACCAGCGCGAUUGUUGAUAGUUUUGGUCAUGCGGCUGGAUCGCUGUUACCCGUAAGGGGCUCCAGAUUCAUCUCGAAGGGCGGAGUAAGCCCGCCGCCUAGACUACCGCUGAGGCCGAUGGCUAUUUCUACCAUGUCCUCUACUGUGGCCAUUCGUGACGCCAGAGGUGGUGAUAUUGGACCGAUAGGGGUUGCGAUGACGGGAGGGCCGGGAAGAACAGGCAACCCUGCGGCCGUGUCAACGUUGCACGAGGAAGAUGGCGGAUUGUUCUGAAGGCGGACAGUGCUCCAUCCAUGAUCGGGUGGUAGUACAUACGAAAGCGGCACGACCUUGAACGCCGAGACAGGAUACAAGAUUAUAGGUACGUAAACGGGCAAAGAAAGGGCGUACAGGAAACAUAUCACAGGCGGACAGGAUACUGGGCGCUGGGGCAGGCUUUUCAGCACAGCAGAGCAAAGCACAAAAGGAUACCCAUCUUGGUAUAUGAUGUGUCACCCUUGAUUCCAUUCUUUCUCAUCAUAACAAGGGCCAAAAAUCAAAAUAGCAAAUCGGCCGGCAGGGAUGGUCUAGAUGG